AGAGAGAGAGAGAGAGAGAGAGAGAGAGAGAGAGACAGAAAGAAAGGUGGGGGUGUACCAUUUCCUCUUCCAUCACUUUUUCUCUUGUUAGUGUCUUGAUGUGAUUGGAGUCGUCUCAUCUUCCUCGCUCCUUUAUCGGGUAUGGAUUUCAGGACUCUUGCAACAUUCUUGGCUCUUUUCUUCACAACCAGUGAUGCAGACCACGCCACUCUGCCCCGUGUCUUCAGCACCAGCCGGCCCAACUCUGGGAUCAAACCUAAUUACACUGAAGUCUCCACCUUCACCACCACAACCUCCGUCAGCCGAGAUGGGGAGCUGACCCAGCAGCUGGCCGUUUCCUCACUGUUCGUCCUCACUGUCGAGUGGACGACCACAUGUGGAGGGCACCUGGUCUUGCACCACGCCGCCACCGCUCCACCCAUGCCCUCGUCUCACGUUUGUUACGACGGUGGGCAAAACAUCAAGAAUUUGUCCCUGAACCUGUGUAAGAACAGGAAAGGCUGUCGGGACAAUCUGAGAUGGGACAAAGGCAGAACGGGGGAGAAAGACGGCUUCUACAUCUCUGACAGAGGAGUGGAAUUGAGCAGCUGUGAGACUAUGACCAUCCAUUGUGCAGUGGAGACAGAGGACGUCCUCUCGGAAGUCCAGCAGCAGCUUCGUGUCUACAAAACCUUGAUGGCUCUGCUGUGCUGUGUGCUGCUGCUGCUGCUUCUGCUGCGUUUCACCAGACCUACAGUCAGAGCUAUUAUCAAUGACCCUCUGCCAGUGACUGUUUACCACCCUCCGCCCGGUUAG